AUGUCUGGGGAAAGAGGAAGAGCUGGCUCCAUGAGCAUUGCAGUUUCUUCUACUUCAGGUUUCUGGAUUUCAGCUCUCUUUGUCCCAUUACUUGUGGCCAGUGUCCAAUCUUCAGCAGAUUCUGAGCCAUGCGGGCCUCGUGGACCCCAAGGACCUCCAGGACCCCAAGGACCUCCAGGACCACGUGGUUUAACAGGAGCCCAAGGUGUACCAGGACUAAGUGGACUACCUGGGCUACCUGGAACCAUUGAAAAAUGCCCAUCCCCACCUCAAUCUGCCUUUUCUGUCAAGCUGAGUGGGCCUUUCUCAGGACCCUCCAAGCCCAUCGUUUUCCAGGAAGUUCUGUACAACGAUCAGGGCCACUUUGACCCAGCCACUGGAGUGUUCACCUGCACAGUCCCUGGUGUGUACCUCUUUGGCUUUGAUAUCACAUUGUUUCAAAAUGCUGUCAAUGUGAGUCUCGUAUGGAAUGGCUUCCAGAUCAGGGACAAACAAGUGGAGGCCAAGAACAGCCAUGAGCAAGCUUCAGGAAGCUCUAUCUUGCAGCUGAAGAAAGGGGACAGGGUCUGGCUGGAGUUUAAGCUGCACAGAGAAGAACAUGAAAAAGAAACCAUUCAAACUGUGUUUUAUGGGUUCUUGCUCAAUGAAAAUUAAGAUAGGGUUAACCGCAUGGUUCUCUCCUCAAGCAACUCUGAAUUUAAGAAAAGAAGCUUCCUCCUCCUCUCAUCCCAAAUAUUUCCUUCAGAAUCGCUCAGUGAACCACUGAAUGAACUGAUCACACAAUCAGUAAUGGCCAACUUGAGCAAAAUGAAUGUCUUACCAAUCACUAAAGCCAAUAAAGACU